GUUUGUUUGAGAAAGUUGAGCUGCUUUCACUGCUGCAUCAGCCCCACUUCCAGUCCUUCCUUCAGCGCGACGUCUUUCUUGUUCGUCAGUUCUGCCAUGAAAUAAGCUCUUUCUAGCUUCACAUUUCCGACAUCGCGCAGACAGAGUUCUACACAAAGAUGGCGGCCCUCGCACCUCUGGGCACCGGGACGCGCCCAUACCGCGACUACCUGACACCAUCGCUCCAUACGCGAUUCAUAAGAGCAAGUCGAUACACAAUAUUGCUGUGCUACGUCAUUGCGUGCUGGAUGGGCGAGUGGAAAAGCCUACUGUGGUUAUGGCUUCCUUUUGGUCCCACUGGCAUUCGCACGCUCCUCCUCUUCAUACCCGCCCUUACCAUCUACCUGCUUCGAAUUGCGCAAUGGCAUGUCGGUCCGCGCCACACUUUAACGCGCGCCGAGACCUUUCAGAAGUACUUCCUUAGGAAGAACACGAUCCUCACUCUCGCCUUCUACACGUUUUCAGCUUGGCUGUAUAGCGAGAUCUACACGUGGUCACGUACCGAGAAGGACAGGCUGAAUAUCACAGAGCUUGGACGCGCUCAUGAGAGGCUGAAGCUGAACGAACGGCCACUAUACUUGCGCUUCCUGUUCAUGAUGCUGGCGGCUGCACAGACCGGCGUGCAUUUGUGGAGUGAUUACGAUCGAAUUGAUGUGCCGGCAAUGCAGCCCAAGCAGCUUGGCGGAGCUGUGGAAACUGAUGCUCCAGUAAAGAGAGGUCCCAAACCAAGAGUAGUGCUCGUGAAGCAGCUACAACCCAUGUUCGUCACUGCUGCGAGUCUGGCAUUACUUGUCACCAUUUCCGGAACUAUUUUCUACUUCAUUGGGCCCCGCCACUUGUUGUGGGAGUACUAUUACAGCUUUAGUCGAAACUUCAUCAGCUUGUCGAAAACCUCCAAGCCUACUGGACUGGCACCUUUUGCCCCGUUGGUAUCCAAAUUCGCCAUGGAGGGAACAUUACUGGUUCUAUUGUGGGAGUUUGUCAACAAAGCAUUCGACUUGUACAUUGCUCAGGAGCCCUUGAAAUACAACAAGCCGAUCACUGGCGAUUCCAAAGAUCCUAAUGGAACGCUGUUGAACGGUUUGAAAUCGAACAAAGAGGCUACCAAGGCUAUGGCAUUCUGGGAAUUGGCUUUGAUCACAGAUGCCUUCUCUGACCGCCGCAAAACUAUCUACGCUGAGAUGGAACGAAAACGAGCCCCAACCUUUCAGCAGGUCGCCGACUUUUGUCUCGCCGAAAUCAAGUUGCUCAUUGACCGCCUGAAUGUUGGACUCGACCCUGCUUAUCAAACCGCAGCUGCUUCUGCUGCCCCAGAACCAAGACCAUCGGUCAAUCUAGUUCCGCAGAUCUCACAGCCCCUCAAGGACGACAAGCAGGUUGUGGCCCUGCCGCCGAAGCCGAGCACAAAGUGGGAACAGUUUGAGGCCACGACUUCUGGCAUCGCAAAGUCCCAUAGCUCACCGGGCAAUUCCCAACAGGCAUAUGGCCGUGAGGCUAUCAACAAAGGUAUGAAGAAGGCUCAGGAGGGUGCACAGCAAGCUGAGGCCGUCGCAUCUACUGCUUCCACGAAAAUCCUCUCAUCCCCUUUCGGCUAUUUCUUCAGCCAUUCGUUGCCGCGUAGGGCAAAACUUGUCGUUCUUGGUGCACCAUAUUCUCGCAUAUCGCUCAUCUGCAACGCUAUUACUGCGCUUGCAAAUCUCGCUACGUUCUCCAUUGCCGAAGACUCAAUCGGACGUUUUCAUGAGAGCGUACCAGCCAUCAUCCGUACGUUCACCCAGGCCAUCAACAAAAUCGACGCAUAUAUGGCCACUCUUCAGGUCCAUUGGAGCGACACAGACACGUUGUCAAAGUUUGAGGCGGAGCAGAAGAAGGUCCCAGAGGUUGAUUUGGUUAGAAAGUGUCUGCAGACAGGCCUACAGAACGUGCUCAGCAGCUUUGAAAAGUACCUGGGCGGCAUGGGCAUGAGUAUGCUUGAGAUUACAGACGCGAAGAAGGCAGCUGCAAUUGUGAGGCAGCCAGAGAUGAUGCAGACGGCUGCCCGUUAGAGAUAGCCGUAGGAUGGAUGCCUCAUAUGUGCCCAACAUCCAAAUUAGAUGACACCAAGGGAUCCGCACGCGGAUACCCAAACUUUAUUGGAUUCCAAAACCAAGGUUCAAUCGAGAUUGGCGUCAGCUGAAUGUUUCUGCAACUGCCGUGUAUCACUCGGUGUUAGCCCGUCCCUUUUAGUACUGUACUGUAACACCAUCUUGGUUCAAAGUGUAUGCUAUGUCAUCCUGAUACC